AUGAACGCGCGCAUAGUGGCAUUUUUGGUUUUCUAUAUUGCAGCGGCUGCGCAUACAUGUUUGGCACAGUAUAAUGCGACAGGGCAUCUAGUGCGGCGGCAGAACGCCGGGUGCGAGGCGGGCAAGACGUACUGUGAGCAGUUCGGGUGUCUCGCUACAUCAGCGUGUCCGGAAGUGUGCACGAACCGCAAGGACCGCACGUCGUGCAAUUUCAGCGUGGAGGGCCACGGGUGCCGGUGGGAAUCAGAGGCAUGUGUGGUGGACGUGCAGUGCAAGGUGAAUCCGGACGGGUCGUGCCCGCAGUUCUGCGUGGGGUGCGGGGAGUUCCAGUGCGUGAAUUUGGGGCUGAGCUGCCCGCUGCCGUGUGCGGUGCGCAUGGAAUCGGGGUGCAAUACGGCGAUGCUGUAUAAUGGGGUGUCGUGCAAGUGGCAGGGCGGCAAGUGCAGCCCGUGGAAUGCCCUGGAGGAUAAGCCGCUGGCGGCUGGGUUUGUGGUGGCGACGCAGGAUUUCGUCACGGGGUCAGCCGCAUCACGCACGCAGGAGAGCACGCAGGAAAAUCUACUGGAGAGCUCGCUGGAGAGCUCGCAGGAGCCAACGGUAGAGUCAUCCACAGACGAGCUGUCUACGGAGGCGGAGGACUCAUUGGACGCCUCCAGUGAAUUGGACAGCGCAUCGGAGGAGGAGGAUAGUGCCAGCAGCACGGCGCAGUUUGAGGGCGUGAAUUCGACGGUUGCGUCGCGGUCGUCGGGGCUGGGGGCAGGGCCGAUCGUGGGGAUUGCGAUCGGGUCGCUGGCGAUCAUCGGGCUGGUAUCGUGGAUUGUGCUGUACAAGGUCACGAAGAACCGGCGCGGGGCGGCAGACAGUUACUUGGACAUCGACAAGCACAACCCCGGGCAGGACCCAUACGGCAGCAAGGUCGACCUGAUCACGACGGCAGCGGAGCUGGCGCACAUGGGCAGGCGAUAA